AUGAAACUCGUUUAUGAGCACAUUCAGUGUCUAUUUGGAAGGAAUCUGGACUACGAAGUCACUCAUUACAGAAGUUGUAAGAAUGAGUCAUUCCUUCCAACUUAUAUUAAACCAACCCGAGCUUUGGUUUACCUAACAGACCCCAUAGAAUUGGAGAAACUAAUUGACUGGUUGCCUUCAGCUCCCGAACUGAAACAUUUAGAAGUACAGGAUUUUUCGAGCAAGGAACCGUUAAAAUCUAAAAAGUUCAACUCGGGAAUCUGGAGCAAUUUUCAAGGAGAGUAUCUGAUUCUGGAAAAUGUCAAAUUUUCGGAGCAUGAUAUUAUUGAUUUCUUGAAUGAAUGGAAAGCAGGGAAAGGUUCUCAAAAUUUGAAGAGAGUCGAUAUUUCUCUACGUCGGAAAGUCUGUCUGGAUCCAUUGAGAAUCAGUAAUGGGAUAGGGUUGAAGACACUCCGACGUGUAUUCAUUCCUUAUUUCGACCAAGAACAUGAGAGAAGAACCAACAGCCCCUUCAAACGGAUCGACCUCUUCACCGAGUACAUCGUCAGAGAUACUGAUCGAGCUGUCGCUACAGUAUACCUGUUGACCAAUCGAAUUGAGAUAUGUUUUUUAGAGAAAAAUGAGUUGGAAAUGAAGAGGAUGGGAUUCAUAAAUAGAUAA